AUGUCGUGCCCGCAUCUCGACUCUGUCGAGCUUAAGCCGCCGACUCCCGUCCAGUCUGUGUACAAGGAAGACUGCACGCAAUGCUUCGACUCGAUUGACAGCCCUGGAGGCCUCGAUGUCUGCCUUCAGUGCUUCAACGGUGGCUGCACCGGCGACAGAGAGCACUCGCUGCUUCACAAUGCGGUUUGGAGUCACCCGCUCGCCCUCAACAUUCGCCGCACCCGAAAGACGGUCCACCGCGAUGAACCGCCCGCCAAGAUGACGAAGCUCGCCAUCGCCGCCGAGACCGAAGAAGAUCGAUACGACACUGCCUUGGCCGCCAAGUGCAUCGAGUGCCAAACGGAGCUGGACCUGACUAACGCCAAGCUGGCCCCCAUCGUCGAUGGCAUUCUCAAGGCGCACACCUUUUCACGAAAGGAAGAGGUGAAGGCGUGGGAGCAGGAGCUCACGACAUGCGAGCACAUCCUGACCAUGCAGCAGCACCCGCCCCGCAAGAUCGAGCAGGGCGAGCUUGGCCACUGUUCAGGUUGUGAUCUGCGAGAGAACCUUUGGCUUUGCCUGGAAUGCGGAAACCUGGGCUGUGGCCGAAAGCAGAUGGGUGGCGUCGACGGCAAUUCGCACGCCCUGGGCCAUGCCAACGAAUCGGGCCACGGAGUGGCUGUCAAGCUCGGGUCCAUUACCCCCGAGGGCACUGCCGACAUCUACUGCUACCGUUGCGACGAGGAGCGCAUAGACGAGCUGCUUGGAGAGCACCUUGCCCACUGGGGCAUUCUCCUGGCCGAGCGACAAAAGACGGAGAAGAGCUUGACCGAGCUGCAGAUUGAGCAGAACCUCAAAUGGGACUUUAGCAUGACGACGGAGGACGGCCACGAGCUGAAGCCUUUGUUUGGACCCGGCCUCACUGGCCUGAAAAAUCUGGGCAACAGCUGCUACCUGGCCAGCAUUAUCCAGUGCCUCUUUGACUUGCCCUCGUUCCGGGAGCGCUACUACAGUACCAGCAACGACUUGCCCAUUGUCCAGGAUCCUGCUGCCGACCUGGAGACUCAGCUGAGGAAGAUGGCUCACGGGUUACUGUCUGGUCGUUACUCGGUGCCCGAUAACUCCACAGGGUCCGGAUCGGAAGUAACCUACCAGAGGGGGCUGGCGCCCGCCAUGCUGAAGCAUCUGAUAGGCAGAGGACACGAAGAAUUCUCUACCAUGCGCCAGCAAGACGCUUUUGAGCUGUUCCAGCAUCUCUUUAAGCUCAUCAGCCGGUCACCGCACAACGGAGACCUGAAGGAUCCCACGGCCGACUUCCGGUUCGUUCUGGAGCAGCGGUUGCAGUGUCUCGGAUGCCACAAGGUUAGGUACAGCUCCAACGAACAAGACAACAUCUUCAUCGACGUGCCAUUGGAGAAGCUCGAUCAACCAGACGAAAGCGGCCAGGUCGCAAACACCUACAAGCCGGUCACUCUGAAGGAAUGCUUGGAUAACUUCACUGCCGCCGAGAAGGUCGAAUUGACCUGCUCAUCGUGCGGUAGCAAAGCAGGCUUCACCAAGCAGUCGCUGUUCAAGACGUUCCCCAACGUGUUGGCCGUCAAUGCACGAAAGAUGGCUGUUGUCAACUGGGUUCCCGUCAAGAUUGACGUCCCGGUUAUUGUCCCGGACGAGCCGUUCUUGCUGGACAGCUAUCUUUCCAAGGGACUUCAGCCCUCGGAGGAGCUCUUGCCCGAGGAACCCGAGAACAAAGCGCCUGCAUUUGUAGCGGAUGCGUCAGCAGUUGCGCAGCUUGAGGCCAUGGGCUUCCCGCGCAACCGUGCCGAGAAAGCCUUGCAUGCGACAGGCAACUCGGAUGCCAACGCGGCUAUGGAAUGGCUCUUUGCCCAUCUAGACGACGUCGAUAUCGAUGCGCCGCUGGAUCUGGGGUCCGGAUCAGGUGGCGCAGACACGGCUGAUCCCGCCAAAAUUGAAAUGCUGGGGGCCAUGGGAUUCUUGGCUCCUCAGGCCAAGAAGGCGCUGAAGGAGACGGGCGGCGAUGUUGAGCGAGCCAUCGAGUGGCUGUUCAGUCACCCCGAUGACCAGGGCAUCAUGGAGGACGACAGUGCAGGCCAAAGCGGCGAGGCGCCUCAGAAAGAGCCUGCUGGAAGCGCAACGCUGCCGGCGAGGUUCCAGCUGCAGUCCAUUGUGUGCCACAAAGGCACAAGCAUUCACGCGGGUCACUACGUUGCCUUCAUUCGAAAGUCCCUGGAGGGCAAGGAGACACCUACCUGGGUGCUCUUCAAUGACGAGAAGGUAGUGGAGGCGCAUGAUGUUGAAGAAAUGCGCAAGUUUGCGUAUGUGUACUUUUUCAAGAGGGUCUGA